AUGAGUCACAAGGUGUUCAACCGCAUACGUGAUGACCUUUGCAACUACGAUCGAUAUUUUAUCCAAAAGUCAGAUGUUAUGAAGAAAGUCGGUCUACUUCUUGAGCAGAAGAUGGCGUCUUCUUUGCGGAUGCUUGCGUACGGUGCUACGGCAGAUCAAUGUGCUGAGUAUUGUCGGAUGGCAAAGUCCACAUCUAUCGAGUGCCUCCAACGAUUUACAAGAGGAAUCAUUGCUCUUUACUCAGAAGAGUACCUUCGAGCUCUUACUCUAGUCGAUCUUAAAAGACUUCUUGCUAAAGGUGAAAAGCGAGGUUUGCCAAGGAUGAUUGGGAGCAUCGACUGCAUGCACUGGCAAUGGAAGAAUUGUCCAACUGCUUGGGCGGGUGAAUAUAGUGGGAGAAAGAAAAUCCUUACUAUAAUUAUUGAAGCGAUCGCAUCUUACGACACUUGGAUAUGGCAUGCCUUUUUUGGAAUGCCUGGGGCAUGCAACGACCUUAACGUCUUAGCAAAGUCACCGUUGUUUGACGAGCUUACUGCUGGUCGAGCACCAAAGAUCCAAUUCCAAGUGAACAACAAAGUUCACAAAUUGGGUUACUAUCUCGUCGAUAGAAUAUAUCCUAGAUGGGCGACUUUCGUGAAGACCAUUCCAAACCCCACACGACCUAAGGAAAUUACAUUUGCCAAGGCUCAAGAGGGGUACCAGAAAGAUGUGGAGAGGUGUUUUGAUAUUUUACAAGCAAGCUUCGGUAUUGUUAGAGGAGCUACUCAUGGGUGGGAUAAAGAGGAUCUCUGA